GGUGAAAACACUGGCCAACCCCCAUCCUACCACAGGAACGUUUAGUGACGGUAGAAAGCUCAGAGCAGUGUGCUUGUAGUUUACUAACUUCAUGUACAUACUCUAACACACUAUUUAUACCAAGUAAUUCAGGUUUUCUCUGUGUAUUGUUGAGUCAACUGCAAAUGAUGUUCAAGCGUUUCUCUUAGUCUGGGAAAUGAGGUAAAAAUGGAAGAACUUGGGAUAAACAUGGAAUCUUCUCAAACCCCAGAAGUGAAGCCUCAUAAGUCUGAAACCAAGCGAUACAGUGAGAUCUUCAGGGACUUCGAUAACCUUGAUUUAUCUUUUAUUUCUACCGAGGUGGAAGAUCUGGACGAUAAUGACUCCAUCUCAGAAUCCAUCUCAGUAGAAGGAGCAGAGAUCACAGAGCAACACGAGAGUUGUGCUGAGGCCAGCGAAGCCAAUGGAAACCCAACAGCCCAAGAAGCAGAUCUGACCCUCUUUCGCUGUGAGAAUGGAGUGGAGGCGGCACUGCAGUAUGCCAAGAUGUGGUGCCGCUAUGCCAAAGACCUCCUGGCCUGGAUGGAGAAGCGAAUCAGUUUGGAGCAAGAAUUUGCAAAAAAUGUGAUGAAGACAGCAGAAGGAGCAAAAAUCACUGUGGCACAGCAGGAGCUGAUGCCGCUGCAGUACAUCUACACCAUGGCUUUGGAGCAAGACAUCAAGAACAGUGUGACCUCUAGGAGGACCAACGAACUGCUGCAAAACCGUUGUUAUCAGGCUUUGGCUGCCAAGAGAAACGAAAUCGACAAGUGGCGCAGGGAAUUUAAAGAGCAGUGGGCGAGAGAGCACAGGAAGAUGAAUGAGGCGGUUUCAGCUCUUAAAAAGGCCAAGCAGCAAUACUUCCAGCGCUGUGAUGAGCUAGAAAAGGCCAAAGCAAGCUCUGCAAAAGCUGUCGAUGACACAGUUGGGGUUAAAACGCUGGAUAAGAGGAGGAAGUCCAAGGAUGAAGCCCAGACAAAGGUGAUGGAGACGGAGCUUCUCUACAGACAGUGUGUGAGUGAUGCCAAGAUUCACCAGGAUGAGUUAGUGAAGGUCAAAGAAAGAAUUAUUUCUCACAUUCGCAAGCUCAUCUGCCAGGGAGACACUGUACUCAAGGAGGCCACAGUCAACAUGUUUUACUACCAGCGGCAGCAAAUGGAGCCCAUUCCUCGGGGAUACCAAACCCUGGAGGGGACGUGCAGAAGUGUGGAGCCCGGAGAACCCUAUCUGCUCUACGUCCUCAGCAAACAUCGACCUGAGCAGCCUCUCCAGACCUUUGUCUUCCAGGAGUACGCUCCUCUAGGAAAAGGCAACAAAAGAAAAACCAGCAAUGUUCGGAGCUCUGUGCCGGACUCGUCACCCAUGACAGACGACAGUUCUUGCAGACGACCCAGUGAUGGCAGGAGAACAGGCUACAGUGACAGUGAGAGUAUUGGUGGCAGUUUGGAGUCCCUGACCAGUCCUGCACACAGGAGGCUGCCCAAAACAGCCUCUACAUUGACGGUGUCAUCGGACGACCUGGACGAGCGGGACAUGGCAGAAUCAGACUACAACGAUGCCCAGUCUAUAAAAGCAAAAAUGUUUUCUCGAGCUGCGCUGACACAUCAACUCAAAAAGAUGAAAAGCAAGAUGGCUAAAUGCAAGCAGUGUGAUAAUUUCAUUGUUGUUAGUGGGGUUGAAUGUGAGGAGUGUGGGCUGGCGUUUCACAGGAAGUGCAUGGAGGUGUGUCAGCUAGAGUGUGAGCAGAAGAAGGGGACGGUGUUUGGCGUAGACUUGUCUGUGCUCCUACGAGACCGGCUGGAGGAGGUACCGUUUGUGGUGCAGCUCUGCACCUCUGAGAUAGAGAGCCGGGCCCUCUCUGUUCAGGGGGUGUAUCGUGUGAGUGGAUCCAAACCACGGAUUCAGAAGCUCUGUCAGACCUUUGAGGUGCAAAAGGAGCAGGUGGACCUUUCUGACCUCUCACCACACGACGUCACAUCUAUUCUUAAGCAUUUCUUCAAGGAGCUCCCAGAGCCUUUGCUAACCUUUGACCUGUACAAUGACUUCAUCACGGUGGGGAAGGCUAUUCAGCACCUGAGUGAGAGGGAAACGUCUCCAGAGCCCAGCGACAUAAUGAACAUAGUUCAGGAACUGCGAGAACAGCUGCAGAGGCUCCCGUUAUACUGUUACAAGACUCUGCAGCACCUUGUUUCUCACCUCCAAAAAGUUUCAGAGAACUACGAUAACAAGAUGUCCCCCAGCAAUUUGGGGAUUGUGUUUGGGCCAACAUUACUGCGCCCUCUAGUGUCCACAGACAUGUCAAUGAUUGCCCUUUUGGAGACGAGCUACCAGGCUGUACUUGUUGAGUUCCUCAUCACUCACCAUGACAAGAUCUUUGGCCUUGAUCCGAGCACCAUGACACCCCCAGCCCCCACAGCACCUCUCCCUGACACCCCUCCCAGAGCUUCCAUCCCCCUGGACAGAGCUGAUGGUGACUUGGAUCAUGACUCUUCCUCCAAAGAGCGUCCACGCUCACUAGAAAAACGAGCUUUCAAGAGAGAAUCAAGCGAGGGUUAUAUAUCUGACAAGUCUUCAUCAAGUGAGGCAGUGGACCAGCUCGGCCCUGAGAGCAAUGAGAGAGCAGUCUUGGCUGUGAGAGCAAGUCAUCUUCAGGGUAAGCCAGUGGGGGAGUUGGCCUCUGAUUUCAGCACCCAACCACACUAUCGCUUCACAAGGCAGCCUGUGAAGUACUACCGGCAUCAUAAUGCAGGAACUCGACUCUCUAACCUGGACUGUGCAAAACGACAGCUAGCGUGUCCAAAGAAGUGCUAUCAAGGAAGUGCAGACAGCAGCCACAGCUCUUCUCCAGAACCAGAGACCCAAAGAUGCCCACAAAGCCUAGAUGUCCACAGCAAGAACACUCACGAGUCCCAUCAGCUUACCACUACAGCAGAAGGUAGGGUGGAUGGCCCAUUAAGCCCUCGAGAGGUUGUGCAGUACAUGCUGGGACUGGACUCAGCAGCUAUGCUACCCGCUUUUGCAACGCCCUCCAGGACAGCAGAGAAUUCUUCUGAGGAGGUGGCAACAUGGUGGCAAACAGAUCCGAACGUAAGUCAGAACAACAGUGGACACGGCGCUGGACAGAGUCACAUGCUUUGGUCAUCAUCACCAAAGAGCGUUCCUACGGAGCACAGCGUGACCUCACCUGCUCAGAAGAUCCUGUCUGGGCUGAAACCGAGACGCAGUCACUCAGGGAGGGAUGAGCAGCUCUUUGUCUGAAGGAACGAGCUGUUCUGGAUACCAGGAUGUAUUUACAGUACUGAAGGACCACCAUAAUAACACUGCAAUUGAGUGUAAAUAAACAACAACGUUACU